AAUCUCAAACCAAAGUAUGCAUCGCGCAGUGUAGUAAAACCUGCUUCCGCCCCACUCUCCGGUGCCAUGGUGAACCUUCCCAAACCCCUCUCACCCCACCGUCUCCUCAAUCUCCUCAAAGCAGAGAAAUCCCCUCUCUCCGCCCUCAACCUCUUCGACGCCGCCACGCGCCGCCCGGGCUUCACCGCCUCCCCCGCCGUCAUCCACCACAUCCUCCGCCUCGUGGCCGCCGACCCCUCCCUCCUCCUGGCCCACGCGGCCCGCAUCCUCUCCACCGUCCGCUGCCCCUGCCCUGAGGACGUGCCCCUCACGCUUCUCAAAGCCUACGCCAAAGCCCGCAUGCCCGACCAAGCCCUGCACGUGUUCCAAUCCAUGCCGCACGUGUUCGGCUGCUCCCCCACCGUGCGCUCCUUCAACACGCUCCUCAAUGCCUUCGUCGAGUCCAACCAGUGGCCACGCGCCGAGGGCUUCUUCAAGUACUUCGAAGCCGCGCGCGUGUCGCCCAACGUCGAAACCUACAACGUCCUCAUGAAGGUUAUGUGCAAGAAGCGCGAGUUCGAGAAGGGUAGGGGGUUGCUUACGUGGAUGUGGGGUGCGGGGUUUAGCCCUGAUAAGAUCACCUACGGUACUUUGAUUGGUGGCAUUGCGAGAAGCGGGGAUUUGGAGUUCGCGCUUGAGGUGUUCGAUGAAAUGCGUGAACGUGGGGUGGAGCCUGACGUGGUGUGUUAUAACAUGAUCAUUGAUGGGUUUUUCAAAAAAGGGGAUUUUGCCAACGCGAGGGAGAUCUGGGAGAGGUUGUUGAGGGAGGAAUCGGUGUUUCCUAGUGUUGUUAGUUAUAAUGUGAUGAUUAGUGGGUUGUGCAAGUGUGGGAGGUUUAGUGAGGGUUUGGAGAUAUGGGAGAGGAUGAAGAGGAACGAGAGGAGGCAUGAUUUGUUUACUUAUAGUUCUUUGAUUCAUGGGUUGAGUGAGGCGGGGGAUUUGGGUGGAGCGAGGAGGGUUUAUGAGGAGAUGGUUGAGAGAGGAGUUAGGUCUGAUGCUGUUACGUGUAAUGCAAUGCUUAAUGGUUUGUGUAAGGCGGGGAAGGUUGAGGAGUGUUUUGAGUUGUGGGAGGAGAUGGGGAAGUGGGGAUUGCGGAAUGUGAGAAGCUGUAACAUAUUUCUCAAGGGGUUGUUUGAGAAUGGGAAGGUGGAUGAGGCGCUGUCGUUGUGGGAUAGUUUGUUGGAGGCGGAUGCUGCUACUUAUGGUGUGGUGGUUCAUGGUUUGUGUAGGAAUGGGCAUGUGAAUAGGGCUUUGCUGGUGUUGGAAGAGGCCGGACAUAGAGGAGGUGGCAUGGAUGUGGAUGUGGAUGCCUUUGCUUACUCGACAAUGAUAAAUGCGUUGUGCAAAGAAGGGAGAUUAGAUGAGGCAGGUGGAGUUUUAGAACUUAUGAAUAAACGUGGCUGUAAGUUGAACCCUCAUGUUUGUAAUGUGCUGAUUGAUGGGUUUGUUAAACAUUCCAAACUUAACAGUGCUAUUAAGGUUUUUAGGGAAAUGAGCAACAAAGGUUGCUUGCCGACUGUUGUGUCGUAUAAUAUUCUUAUAAAUGGAUUAUUAAGAGUAGGAAGAUUUCGUGAGGCUUAUGGUUGUGUUAAUGAAAUGUUGGGGAAAGGGUGGAAACCAGAUAUUAUCACAUGCAGCACAUUGAUAGAUUGUCUUUAUGAGAGCAAGAUGAUGGACACAGCACUUAGGUUGUGGCAUCAGUUUCUGGGUGCAGGGCUUAAGCCUGAUAUCACUAUGUACAACAUUGUUAUCCAUAGAUUUUGUUCUUCCGACAAAGUGGAUAAGGCUCUGCAGCUUUAUUCAACGAUGAGGCGGAGGAAGUAUGUUAAUCUUGUAACCCACAAUACCAUCAUGGAGGGUUUUUACAAAAUUGGAGACUGUGAAAUGGCAUCAAAGAUUUGGGCUUACAUUUCAGAAGAUGAGUUACAGCCUGACAUCAUCUCAUAUAAUAUUACACUUAAGGGGCUCUGUUCUUGUGGUAGAGUGACAGAGGCAAUUGAGUAUCUGGAUGAUGCUUUGGUGCGUGGCAUUCUGCCAACUGUCAUUACUUGGAACAUACUGGUUAGAGCAGUGAUUUUUUAAGGAGAUUCAACUUGAUUCUUUUGUGCACUAACGUAGAUUAAGAUAUUUUUUUCAACUCCUACUUUUUCCUUUGUUGGCUACAUCAACUACAAGUACUAUACUUAAAUACAACCAUUGUGCUGAUUUCCUACAACAAAAGGGAUUCUGAAGAUAUUUAGGUUUGAGACCAAGCAGCAUUUUUGAACAGGUUUGUUUAAGAUUGGUAAUUUCAAUUGCAAAUGUGUUAAUAGCACAUUGUCAAGACAAUAUUAUGCUCCCUGAUAACGUUUAGUUGAAGGAAAUUUGAAGUUCCUGAGCAAAUAGCCACUGGGAUGGACUACAUCUAAUACAAACAGUCACAGUACGGCAUCAGAUGAAUUGAGAAACUAAAGCCACAAGAAUAGCUCCAAGAACUGCUACUUUUCUCCAAUCGGUGGAUGAUGAGGCAAUAGAAUCUACUAUUGCAAAGCCCAGCAGGCCAAUAAAGAAGAGGUAAAUGCUUUUUCUUGUCCCGCUACCAGCUUUUUCUCUGGUUACAUCUUUGAUUUUCUCUGCCUCCUCCUUGGCUUUUGCUUUGUCAACAGGUGCGUUCCUUCUGAGGUUCUUAAAGAAUAGCCCUUCGUUUCUUCCGUCCUCCAUUUGAACUUCAAACUCAUCUAAUUCGUUUUCACACUCUUGAAUCCCUUGUCUGAUAAUUUCUGCAGAUUCCUCAAAUUCCACCAUCUGGUUCUCUAUGUUUUCUGUUAUCUGCCAAACACAAACGAACACAACAGUUCGUUAUUAAAUUACCUUUCACAUAUAGAUAUUCCUUCAUGCCGUGCUCGAUGAUGGGCUAGUGUGUUUGGCACAAGAGACAAAAUUUUAAAAUUUGCAAAUUCAAAUUCAAAAACUAAAAUUGCACCACAUGGUAAAAUCAAAUGUUGAACCAUACUCUGGCACUAGCUUCAUCUAAUCCUUGGAGGGCAUCUUCUCCAAUUUUGUCAAACGCAGCCUUGGCUUCUUCACCAAAUUGGGUUAAAAAUGCAGAUCUCUCGUCUAGAUAGUCUGUGAGACGGACUUUUUGAGUUUGAAGCAUGGCAAUUUGUGCUAGCAGUUCUUGUUUACGGAUAUCUCCUGGUUGGGGAGCUUGGGAAUCUGAUUCAUUGGACUUGCAGAGGCACAAUACAGAACCUUUUGUGUUGAGGAAUCUCUU